AUGAUACUCGACUCCCCAAGUCCUUCACCACCCGCGACGCCUGCCGUCAAGUCAAUCAUUACGAACGAAUCGACCGACCCCCGCAAAAUUCGGCGGGAACGGCACCAUGAAGCAGAUAUAGUGAUAGUUGGCGCUGGAAUAAUAGGAACGGCUGCUGCUGUGGCAUUUGGCAAGCAAGGUAGAAGCGUUAUCUUACUAGAGAGAGACCUAAGGCAACCGAAUCGAAUUGUUGGAGAAUUGCUACAACCUGGGGGAGUAAAAGCUUUAGAGAAACUUGGUCUAAGAGACUGUCUCGAAGGUAUCGACGCCACCGUUUGCAAAGGCUACGAAGUACGCUACUAUGGCGCGCCUGUACACAUUCCAUAUACGAAUCCUGGUGGCACAGAGCUGCCAGAAGGUCGAAGUUUUCACCAUGGAAGAUUCAUUCAGAAGUUGAGAGAGGCAGCCAUGCGUACACCAAAUGUGACAGUCGUUGAGACCACCGCGAACGAUUUUGUCAAGGAUGACUACACAGGACAGAUCCUUGGUGUGGAAUGUUCAACAAAUGGAGAGAAAGAUUACUAUUUUGGACACCUCACACUAGCAUGCGACGGCUACGCCUCGAAAUUCAGAAAGACACACCACACGCGGACACCAAAACAGCGCUCGAAGUUCUUCGGCAUGGAACUGAUUGACUGCGACCUACCGAGAACCCAGCAUGGCUUGGUCAAUCUUUCAGAUUCGCCCCCUGUACUCCUGUAUCAGAUCGGAACUCACGAGACAAGGGUGCUAAUUGACGUACCAGAAGGCUACGAGAAGGCAUCUGUAAAGAAUGGAGGUGUCAAGGGAUACAUCAAGAACAUUGUUCUGCCUAGCCUGCCGAAGAGUGUCCAACCAAGUUUCAAAGCAGCUCUCGAAGCGGGCGGUCUACGAAGCAUGCCUAACUCCUUCCUUCCCGCUGCAACAAACUGCACCCCUGGCAUGGCCAUUAUCGGCGAUGCAUUAAAUAUGCGACAUCCUUUGACCGGUGGCGGUAUGACUGUCGCGUUCAAAGAUGUCGUCCUACUCAGCGAUAUGCUAUCCCCCGAAAUUGUACCUGAGCUGUCGGAUACCAAAGCUGUUCUACACCAAUUCAAGUGGUUCCACUGGCAGCGCAAAGGCGGCAGCUCCGUCAUCAACAUCCUCGCUAUGGCGCUGUACAGCCUCUUCGCGGCAAACGACCCAACUCUCGCCACACUUCAACGUGGCUGCUUCCACUACUUUCUCCGCGGCGGCGCCUGCGUGGACGGGCCUGUCGGUCUCCUCGCCGGUCUCAUCCCCAACCCUAUGGUCCUCUUCUACCAUUUUUUCUCGGUCGCACUAUACGGCAUCUGGAUCCGCAUCGGCGAAGGCUUCUCACGAAAAAGACUUGCUGCUGACGGGAUUAACGUUGCAGGCGACAAGGAGACUGGCGAGUGGAUCGUAGGCAUAUUUCAGACGCUCGGCUGGAUACUAAUAGGAGGGCCACUGUAUGUCUUUAUAAGAGCUGCGGGCGUGAUUGGCGAGUUUGUGCUUGGCGAGGUUGGCUACUAG